AUGGAACGUAUAGUUUCCAGGGGCUGUUACCGGGAUACCACCGUAAACAAUGCCUCCAGGAGCCGCAUUGUUCUCUCGGCGGCAGGCGGGCUCCCAAGCACCAUGCAACCUAUGACAAAAAUAGCCCCAGGGGUGUGGUACUGGAAAGAGGAUACCAAAACACUUGAAUUUGCAAGCUCCAUCCCCGCCGCAGAUGCUAAAGAGAAACCCAAGAAGGGCAAAACCAUCCAUUUUCAGGAAAUGGGUAGUAAAACACUAGACAGAUCGACUCCUAGUAUGUUUCGAGAUUUGUUUGGUGCAAGAUUCCCUGAGAAAAGAAUGAAUAUACAAGAAGAGAAAUCCCCUAGGCUGUUGAAGCGGGGACAAAAUGAGUGUGUUACAUUAGACGAUGUUAAAUAUGCUGCUUUGUUUCUGGUACAAGAAGAUGAAUCAUAUCAUAUACCUUCUUUUACAGCGGUUAUGAGGAGUAAGCAGCUGGAUGAGUUCCUCAUGGCUCUGCUUUUCUAUUUAUCGUAUUAUCUGGAAAAAAUUGCCCUGGAAAAGAAACCCAAAUCUUUUAUGGUAAACCCCAGUGUGUUAGACCAAAAAGAACGGGAGGAGACAUUGGCUAAGCUAACAGGAACCAAGAAACACCUUGCCAAGGUGUACUGCAUCCUUAUUCUUGGACUAGGAAUGGCUGAGCAGCAUCACAUGGCUUGUGGAAAGAGAAAAACAUCAUCAUCACAGAAGGACCGAGAGUUCUUUGAGUGCUUCUACAACUUCUGUACAUACGUGGCCUGGGUGGUGUUCAGACGGAAGCACUUCCAAGAGAUUCAGGAAGAAGUGGGCAGGCUUCUUCGCUCUGACAUAUUUAACCCCGCGUUGAGAGAAAAGAACAGCCCCAACCUGCAGAAAACAGAUGUCUCUGCUGAUCAGAGGAAAGUUAUCUUUCCCUAUCACAGGAGUGUAUAUGCCAGACGCCCAGCGAUAAAGAGUGUCGUUGGCCAGCGCUCGCCGGUGCUCAGUACGCUACUGCCCCUGCCCAAAGACAACGCUCAGUAUCUCUUCCAGACCCAUUACCUGCAUCGGGGCAGAACCCUUCCAACCUGCAGCAGCAAGGACCUGCCGGACUACUCAACUGUUGAGCUUACACCCAAGGUUGGCAUCAUUGGAGCCCUUCGCAGCAAGUUCAAUCCCCACACUCUCAUGCCUAUUGGGGUGAUAGAGGAGGAGGAGGAGGAGAAGGAGGAAGAACAAAGAACAAAGAGAAACAGUUUCUUAGCCAGUUCAUAUGACCUGGCUUUGUCAUCCCACAGAGGCACCCAAGUUGGAAUCAGUCGCCCGAGCAUGGUACUCUCAAGAGCAACUACGGAGGGGGACUACUCUGAGAAUGGUUAA